CCUCCGCUGCCCGCGUUACUUCCGUGUUCCGCUCACCUGUUACACCUGUAUCCCUGCGCCGUAGGCCGCGGCACGCGCGACUCCUGCUCCGCCGGUGCACCUGUCGCGUCACUGCGCCACGAUGACCGAGGAGCUCACACCGUGCGACCUGACGUGCCCGUCUUCCCCGACCCCCGGCGCCUCGGGGCCCAAGGAGACGGGCUUCGAUCAGCCCAUUUUCUCCGUGUUGAGCGGCGGCGUGGAGCGGCGGCGGCGGCCGCAGGAGGAGAGAGAGGAGGAGGAGGAGGAGGAGGCGGAAACCUCACCGGCCGGGACCACCGCCACCGCCACCGCCGACGCCGAGUCCGGCAUCUUCUCCGGUGAAUUUGAGGUGUGCGUGGAGCACGAAGCUGAGCUCGACUGGUUCUGCGGCACCGAACGGAAACUGAUCUGCUCCCAUUGCGCCAUCGUGGGCCCCUGCCACGGACACACCGUGACCCCUCUGGCCACCCGAGUAACCGCAGUGAGGAACCGACUGGUGGAUGUGUGUGAGAAAAUGCAGCUGCAGGCACUGAGGAUUGAGAGAUUUAUUGAGCAGACGUUGACAGACAAAGAGCGAAAACUUCAGUUGGCGGCGACCAGCGCGAGGGAGCAGGUCUUGGCUCAGGUCGGCGCGGUGCGUGAAGCCCUGGAGGAGGAGGAGCAGCGUCUCCUGGAGGAGGUGCAGAGAGAGGAGGAGCGGGUGGAGCAGUGCCUCCUCACCCAGAGAGCCCACUGGAGCCAGGCGUUGGCGAGUCUGACGCAGACGCGCUCGGGCCUGGUGCACACGCUGACGCACACGCCGGACGGCCAGCUGGUGACGAGUGUCCAGGAGAUAGCCGACAGGGUGGAGGAAGCCGACGGGGUCGGGGAGCCGUGUGACACGGAGCAGCUCAGCCUGACCAGAGGCUGCAGUGACAGCAGGCUGCUGAGGGGCCUGUGGGCCAGCGCCGUGCUGCUGGGGCCCAACGCUUACGGGUCGUCUUCUCUGCGGUUCGACGAGCGCACGGUGAGCCCUCUGCUGUCCCUCUCCGACGACCUUUACACUUUGACCUUCUCCCCCAAAAAAUCUCGCCAACUGCCCCAGUACGACCCGGCGCGGUUCGACCGCUGGCCCAACGCCCUCGGCUCGCUGUCCGUGUCCUCCGGCACCCACAGCUGGGUGGUGGACGUGGGCCAGAGCGGCGCCUUCAAGGUCGGGGUCUGCUACGCCUCCCUGGAGCGCAAGGGCUCAGGAGACGAGGCGCGGCUGGGCCAAAACGAACGGUCUUGGGUGCUGUCUCACUACGACGGGGACUACUCCUUCUGGCACGCCGGGAAGAAGGAGCCCCUGCAGGUGGCCAGGAAACCCCAGAGGAUCGGCCUGCUGGUGGACUGGACCAGUCAGACGCUGUUGUUUUACGAGGCCGACUCCAGUGCCGUCCUCCACUCCGUCACGCAUCAGUUCGGCGCCCCGCUGCUGCCGGCGUUCGCCGUGACGGACCGCAGCAUCACCAUCCUGCAUUGACGCAAAGCGCGCUCCGCCGAGAGGGAAAACAACAACCACCGUGAACAUGUGAAGAAAUGCCUUUCUGAAAUGUGCGAUCAGCAGCCAAACGUCCUCCAUCUGGCUAUUCAGUUAUGAAAGGCGUACGUUUCUAUUUAUUUGUUUGUUUUUCAGUUUUAAUGAUUCAAAAGAUUUUAUUUCAGAGAUGAUGAGACAAUUUUACAAGCUUCUUGUUUGACUGACAAUGGUGUUCAAAUCUUAUUAAUAGCAUCAGCAUCAGGAAUGUUUAGAAUGAAGUAUGAAAAAGAGUAUACAUAAUAUAUAUAAUUAUAAUUACUAAUAAUGUAGAAGAAUUACUACAGAAAUACUUCAAAUCAUGUAUGAAUGUUAUAUGCUCAGCUAACCAAUUAUUACAUUUUAAAUGUAAUCAUUUCUGACUCUGCAAUAGGCCUUUUUGAUGAAUAGGAUUUGUGAUUUCUGUAGCAUUAUUGUACGAUCAGAGCUGAAAUCAGUGUGUUUGUGUUUUUAUGCCACAGCAGCAUUUUGUUGGUCUGCAUUUGAGAAUGUAGUACUGUUAAGUACAGUAAGUAGUACAUUGCAAUAUCAGGUGUCCUGCAGGAACUUAGCAAGAAGAUCACUUUAAAUUGUUACAUGUUGUGUUGAACUCAGUAGUCCAGGACCUGGCAAUAUAGUGAAAGUUCUGCAUUGGAAAUGUUUUUUUCAAAUAAAGUAUGUAAGUAGAAUCAUGUACUAAAGGUA